AUGAAAUCAACUGCCAUAUAUGAUUUUUUAAGUGGCAUAGCCGGUGCAACCGUUUCAGUUUAUGUCGGUCAACCAUUAGAUACGAUUAAAACAAAGCUUCAGAUAUUUCCAAAUCAUUAUAGAAAUUUUUUUGAUUGUGCUCAAAACAUUUUCAAUAAAGAUGGUAUACGUGGUUUUUAUGCUGGAACAACACCAGCAUUACUUGCAAAUGUUGCUGAAAAUGGAGUUCUAUUUAUGGCAUACGGACAAUGUCAAAAUAUUAUUUGUAAAUUAAAUAAUAAAGAUAAUCAUGAACAAUUGACAUCACUAGAAAAUAUGGCAGCAGGAAGUUUAGCAGCAACAUUUGCAUCAUUUGUUUUAUGUCCAACGGAAUUAGUUAAAUGUCGAAUACAAACUAUGCAUGAAAUGCAGUCGAAUACAGAAAAUCAAAUGCGUAAAUUAAUUUCACCUAUAGAUGUAACACGAAAUAUCAUACGUACAGAAGGUACACGAGGAUUAUUUCGAGGAUUAACAGCGACAUUAGCGAGAGAAUGUCCUGGUUAUGGAUUUUUUUUCGGUACAUACGAAUUUACAAGAUCAUCAUUAACCAAAAAAAAUGAAAAGAAAACAGAUAUAGGAUCUUUAAAAACAUGGGUUUCGGGUGGUAUGGCUGGCAUUUGUUUUUGGACAUUUAUGUUUCCUAUUGAUGUCAUAAAAUCACGUAUACAAGUAUUAAAACCGAAUAUGAGUACUAUGAAAUAUGCUAUUGAAUUUGUUAAACAUGAAGGAUUUAAACCAUUGUAUGCUGGUUUAUUUCCAACACUUACUCGUAGUUUUAUUGCUACCGGUGCUUUAUUUCUUACUUAUGAACAAGUGCAAUUAUUUCUCCGUCGAGCAUUUUGA